AUGGCUUCGUCUCUAGCCACCGACAAGCGUCCGGAUCUCCCAGUUCCCGGUGAAGGAGAUGCCGCCGACGACCCUUUCGUUACCGACUCUGCCUCAAUCGCUCAUCACCGGUUCUCCAAUUUCGACCAGGAACUAUUUGCUGCUGGGCCGGGCUCUUCACCUAGACAAGCCAGGAGAGCACUAGAAGCCCAUCUCGCAGAAACGGACCGUCGUUUAGAUGAGGCUGGGAAACUGGGCACAUCUCUCGUCGCCCAGCGCAAACUUUUGGCUGAACGACUACAAGAGGUGCAGAAGCUUCAAGCUGAAGGCGAGCUUGGCCCGGAUUUGCGCAAGAAGCUUGUGGAAAUCGAACGCGAGUACAAUGAUUUAGCCAGAGAGUCUGCUCGGGUAUUUCUUCCAAAACAGAGAGUACCAAGCAACGAGGCUCACGCGGGCUCACCUUUUGUUCCUGAUGGGCGCAGUGGAAGGCGUUCCGUAAGCCCUUCCAAAUUUGAAAGCCAAGCUACUGGAUCUCCGACAAAGCUCAGCGUCCCGAAUCGCAAGAUCAGAAACCAGCCAUCGAAUCGAGUUCACGACAUUGAGUUUGCCGCUGAAAUUAGCACAUCCCUUAUUGCGCAAGUCAGAAAUCUGCAAGCAUUACUUUCCGAACGCGAUGACGAACUCAAGGGAGCCCAAUCGGAAAAAGCCAGGCUCGAGAUUGAAUCAGAGAGCUUACAACAGCGUCUGAAGACAUUGGAUGAGAGCGAGCAUCGGUACAAAGAGGAGAAUUGGAACCUCGAGACCCGUCUCCAGGAAAUAGCCGCGCAGCAAAAAGAGGCCGCUGAUCGGGAGAAGAAGCUUACUCAGGCUUUGAACUUGUCCAACUCCGAGAAGACUUCAGUACAGAAGGAACUAGAUGAUGCCAAACUGUCUCAUUCCAAACUGGCAGAGGAGCAUGCGGCUGCUGUGAAGCAUCUAGACAUCGAACUGGGUACUGCUAAGCGCAACAUGGUCAUGGCCGAUAGCGAGAGAGCAGCCAUGCAACGCAAGAUAGAGGACCUGACCAACCAGAACCAAGAGCUUGCGAGGGCCUUUUCAUCACAACGGGGACGAACAAUAGAAAGGGAAUCACUGUCAGGGUUGAGUGAAGAUGACUUUGAAACUGCUACUGAUAACAUCACACCCGAGCACUCACCACCGCCCUCUCCAGUAAAAGGCACUCCUCGUCACGCAAUGCUCGAGACCGAGACUAUCAAAUCGUCUCUUCAUCAUGCGCAGCGAACAAUCCAGAGCCAACGAAACCAACUCCACCGAGAAAAGACCGAAAAGCUGGAGCUACGCCGAAUCAUUCAGGAUCUCCGAGAUGACCUGGAAAAGGCGAGAAACGAUGCGAAUGGAUCCUCAAAUCCCCGACGUAGCCGUAAGGUAGACUCAAAGGAGUUCAAGAAGCCUAGUCGCUUGUUAGGCAGCCUUCGGUCCAGUAGACAUGAGAUCUUGAUGGAUGACCCCGAUUGGGAGGACAAUGCUGAUAUAUCUCCGCCUGGUACUUCUGGCAGUGGAUCUCAUCGUAACGGAGAGAGACCUAACCCGACUGAUACAAGUGAUCACUUCGAAACUGCAAAUGAGGCUAGCGAAUCCGCCUUUGAGACUGCCAAUGAGCGUGCUACCGAGACUGAAGACUUUCAAACUGGAAAUGAGGCUCUAUCUGGCAGUGACGAUGACAAUGAGACGGAGACUGAGAGUGCCUCUAGAGGUUUUGGCAGGAUGAAGAGACCUCCUAGCCUCCCCGCCGGCUUGGCUAGAGCAGGUAACCGGGACUCAUUUCACAGCACUGCCUCUACGUCAGCGGAUGAAGAUGAACUCGCCGAUUUGCGCACACCAACGGGAACAAUCUCAUCACAAAGAAGCCGGUUUAGACUCAGCCGGAACCCAUUUUCUCGUGGUUCGAGGCAAAACAGUGAGGAGCCGAAUCUUCGAAGCAGCCCAGCCAGCUAUACCAGCGGUGGUACGCCCCAAACCGGCGGCCAGAGCCUCUUUGCAGAACUUCAAGACUUUGGUAGCGACGAUGAGUCUCUUGGCGCUGCUACACCAAGCCGCAGAAGUGUUCGAUCCGUUACGCCCGGAUCAGUCCGUCGAACCAUGUCGCCACCUCCUGCGGUACCAGAACUACCAAAGGUAAUCAUGGUUGACAGCGGUGUCAUGACAGACCCGGUCAAGAUUACUCCAGAGGUCUACGAGGAACGUGGUGAGAGACCAGUGUCUAUGGAAUCAGUUGUACGGACUGGAGACCGAUUGUCUACAUCUUGGCGAACAAGCCACAGAAUAGACACAGACUUCUCUCGGCCGGUUUCCACAUUCUCGUACAGCGAUGCUAGUAUGCAGUAUGAGCAGGAUAUGGCACGCAAGCUGGCUGAGUUCCCUGUACCGCCGACCUCACCUCCUCAUGCCAAUCCGCCAACACCACCUUCACUUGGAUUAUCGCAAAUUCUAUCCGAAAACGUUGAACCAAGGGAGGAGAUCAUAGUUCCACCGACACCACCAACUCUACGUCUGACAUCUCUCGCCAUGGAGCAUGUCGAGCCGAGGCUCGAACCUGAAGUGCCGCAACCUGAAUUGACAUUGUCACAUAUCACCACCCAGGCAUUGGAACCAAUUGCCGAACCAGUUACUCCUCAACCGCGACUAACAAUGACGUCUGUCUCGACGCAAGCGGUUGAGCCUGUUGCAAUUCCACCAGCCAUCUUGACCUUGUCUGGCAUUGCAAUGGAAGCAUGGGAGCCUAUCGCAGAACCAGAAUCCGAGACUGCGCUUCUAGCUCCAGUCGUCGCGGCUGUUGACCGGGAAAUCGAAACUUCCCCGCCAGCUUUAACAAUGUCUUCGAUAUAUGCAGAAAAUCUGGAGCCAAGAGAGGAGCCGGUUGUAUUGGCAACACCGCCAAGUUUGCAAUUUUCGGGGAUUUCCACCCAGAAUGUCGAACCUGUUUCAAUUCCACCCCCAGUGCAACCAACCCUUGCUCUGUCAUCCAUUGUUGCGCAACAUACGCAGCCGAUCAUGGAGCUACCGCCUCCCCCGCCUGCACUCGUUUUGUCUACAAUUUCUGCUGAGCAUGUAGAGCCACUGGUUAUCAUUCCCGAUGCCCCAGCUUUGCCGAGCUUCGGCUUUUCUACCAUCGAGUCGAUUGAGACUCGCCCAAUGUCUCCUCGUAGUCCACGAAGGGAUGCGUUCAUUCUCCCCAGAGACGAUGUGUAUGGAGAGAGGGAGACUCAUUUGCCAGAGACGCCGACUGAUAAAAUGUUUGGAUCUGUCAUUUCUCGGGGUAAGAAGAGGGACAUCACCCCAAUCAUUGCUGAAGAUGAUACGCGACAAUCUCCCUCCAACUCGCCUGAUGCUGGCACUCCUGAAUCACAGCGACCGUUCAAAGAAAUUUCCGCCAACACCAACUUCCGGCCGACGCGUAAACCGAGUGUUCCCACAAAUGACCAAGCUGCCCAGACAUCGUUGACUGCUGGUGCUAUUGACCAACUUCUCAAGAGUGACUCUCAACGUUCAUUUGGUCAUGGGAAGAACUCCUCAAUUGGGUCCAUCGGCACACCUGACACCACUGGCACAGUUCGAAUUCACCGGUCCCAGGAAAGUCUCAACUCACCAAUACGUCCCAAGGGCAAAACAACCGACGACUCCGUCUUCGACAUGCCGACUCUAGUCCGACCCGGAAGCGCAGCUAGCGGGAAGGGCUCCUUCCGUGAUGCGCCGCCACUGCCUUCUAACCAUCGCCAGAUGAUCGAAGCAGCUCGCUCAGGCUCAUCUCACGGUCAGCAACCGGGUAGCAUGGGCCCUCCCCUCUGGCCGGCUUCAGCAAUGAAGCAUCGACCUCAAACCCCGAGCCAGCAAGGUCCCAUCUCAUCUGGUCGCGGCACUCCUACUCCGCGGGCGGCCCGCAGCGGAUCGGUACAACAUGGUACUGCGGAAAUAAGCACAAACGGUAGACUAACAGCACAAUCAAGGAGAUCAUCAGUGUCUUCCUUUGCAUCCGAACUCGACACUCGAUUUAACAUCCGACCAGGAGAAAUGGGCAUAGACCCUACAGGAUUUGGCCCCAAUACCGAUCCUCGUAUGAUUCAGGCAAUUACGCAAACCAUGAUUGGAGAGUUUCUGUGGAAGUAUACUCGAAAGACUGGACGUGGCGAACUGUCUGAAAAUCGCCACCGUCGCUACUUCUGGGUUCAUCCGUAUACCAGGACGUUGUACUGGAGCGACAAUGAUCCAUCUACCGCUGGCAGAUCAGAACUCAAGGCAAAGAGUGUUCCCAUUGAGGCUGUUCGUGUGGUCACAGAUGACAACCCAAUGCCCCCGGGACUGCAUCGCAAGAGUCUGAUCAUCAUCUCGCCGGGUAGAACUAUAAAAUUCACAUGCACAACUGGACAACGUCACGAAACUUGGUUCAAUGCUCUCUCGUACUUAUUGCUGAGGACUGGUCAAGAUCAUCACGUGGAUGCGGAGGAGGUCGCCGGGCACAUUACUCAAGAAGACGUUGAUGAGUUCAACCCACAGGUUGGCCGCCGACCAGCGAAUGACUCCAGAGCCCAAGUUGCGGCAUCCCUCUCAUCGUACAACUCUCGUACGACGCGGAAUGAAUCCCCAGCCGUUCGGGUGUCGAUGAAUGUUCCCACUCUGACACCGUCUAGCAAUCAAAAACAUGCUUCGACGACAAGCAGAAUAUCGACAGGCACUCUCAACAAACUCAGCGGCUACUGGAGAUCAGGUGCGCCAAAGCUCUCGGGAACUCUCUCCAGCCUCCGUGGUCGAGGAGCUAGCAGCCAGAACUGGGACAUCUAUGAAGCAAGCGAGGUACAUGACAGUGCGGAAGAUCUACGCGAAAUGAUUGAGCGCCAGGAUAGAGAGUCGGAUCGCCUGGAGAAUGUCAGAGCUUGCUGCGAUGGAAAGCACGACGUUGGGAAUCUGCCGCAUACCUCACGGAGGGGCCGUGGACAUGGCUCACACUCACACCCUGGCCAGUCUGUUGCCAAUACGCCAAUGGCUUCUAUGCGGUCUCGAGCCUAA